AGAAAGGCGUUGAGUGAAGGAUCUGGAGAGGGGGGAGCACCAGAGACCAGGGCAGUCUCACCACCAGUCAGGUUUUUGUGGGAGUCGAAAGCUAUCUGAAGCAGCCCCCGGACUCCACACUCACUCUCUCGUAGGCUGUGUGUGCCCCCUCUCUCUCUCCUGAGUGGUGCUCUCUGCCUCUCUUUGGGUGAUUCCAUCUCUCUCUCUCUCUCUCUCUCUCUCUCUCUCCUCUCUCCGUCUUGGAAGUCAAGAAGUAUAAGUUAAUUUUAUUUUGUUGUUUGGAAACUCCUAACCUCCAGCCGCCAUGGAAGCCAUCAAGAAGAAGAUGCAGAUGCUGAAGGUGGACAAGGAGAAUGCCAUCGACAGGGCAGAACAGGCAGAGUCUGACAAGAAAGCAGCGGAGGACAAGAGCAAACAGCUGGAGGACGAGCUCGUCAGCCUGCAGAAGAAGCUCAAAAGCGCGGAAGACGAGCUGGACAAAUACUCAGAGUCACUGAAGGACGCUCAGGAGAAACUGGAGCUGUCCGAGAAGAAAGCCGCAGAUGUGAGUAAGUCGAAAACACAGGGAGCGUCGGCCCAGCCAACACACCAGCCCAUUUUGUGGCUUGGAACUUGGUUUCAGGAAACUAGGUUUCAGGGCAUGGCAUGGCACACCAGGGGAGACUUGAGGUUUGAUUCAGCAAAGUUGCCUCAAACUAGGUCUCCUGGUCUGCUGGAUAACAGUUUUCAAACCUAGGUAGUGCUGUACUCC